AGCCUCUGCGCGGCGCGUUUUCGAUCACGGAAGCCACGAGAGCGCCUCAGUGGCUCGUCAACUUUCGCCCCUAAUAGAUCGUUUUGAUAUUUCGGUAAAACCUACGAUUACGUGAUACGCGUACGUCAAAAAAUCGGAAAUAAUGCAGUCCAACGGUAGUACGACGACCAGAAAGUUCCCUUUCAAAAUCCGGAUGGUUCCCGAUGAGUUGAACGCUAGACUUUUAAACGAUUUUCACGGUGAAAAAACUGGUUUCGUGCAAGUUGGUGACGACAAGUGGUUCUUCCCCAGCAAGUAUCUGAAGGCGGCAGAACAUUUCUAUGCGUUUGAAGCCAGACCUAGUGACGUUUGGGUUGCCACUUACCCACGCUCUGGAACAACCUGGACCCAGGAAAUGGUUUGGAUGCUAUGCAACAAGCUGGACGCCGUAGCAGCACGCAGUGAGCCACUCACUAAGCGGUUUCCAUUUUUCGAGUUUCACAUUUACAUGCACGAUCUAAUGAAGCAACAGUUUUUGUCCGAAAACCCCGAUCCAGCGGACCAGCAAUUCAUUGAAGCAGCUUCGACGCCGGCCUACGAAGUGCUGAGCGCUAUGUCGACGCGGCGCUUCAUAAAGACACACUUCCCGAUUUCUCUUUUACCACCGAGCAUAUUCGAAACUGGUGCCAAAGUGAUUUACAUUGCCCGAAAUCCCGCUGAUGUGGUUGUUUCUUAUUACCACCUCAACAAACUUUACCGUACCCAAGGUUACACGGGUGACUUCGCAACAUUUUACGACUACUUCGAGAACAAUUUAACCGCGUGGUCACCGUACUGGACGCACCUGAAGCAGGGCUGGAAUGCGCGGCAUUUGCCUAACGUUUUGUUUAUGUUCUACGAAAACAUGAAAGCCGAUCUGCCGGGAACGGUUCGUAAAGUGGCGCAGUUUUUGGAUACUCCGCUCUCCGAUGCGGAUGUUGCCAGUCUCACCGAGCACCUAAGCGUUGAAAGUUUUAAGAAAAAUCCCUCUCUCAAUGGACAGGAACUUAUAAAAGUCGGUAUUUUGAACCCAAGUGCCCAAGGAUUUAUACGAAAGGGUCAGGUGAAUGCGUCCGGGGAAGAACUGACCGAUGAAAUUAGGGAGCGUUUGCGUAAGUGGACUGAACGCAAUCUGGAGGAUACGGAUUUGCGAUUUCCGGUGACGUAGAUUUAUCGAAAUGAACUUUUGGUUAGUAUGAUUUAUUUACUAACUAGCUUAAGUAUGGUUAAAUAUGAACCGGUUAAAUAAA